CAGCCCGCGCACCAUUCCCUUCUCACCUACUCAUUCACACAUAUACCUCUUGCUUAUUUAUCAUGUCUGUUGUGCACCCACAGUUGCAUACUGCGCUGGACAGCCUGAAGUAUCAGGUCAAGGACGCAUUCUGGGCACUCUCGUCUUGCAUAUGCCAACAGGCGGCAAAGGUCAAGAUCAAUGGGCGUACAUUCAAAAUCAUCCGAGUCCUUGGAGAGGGAGGCUUUUCGUUCGUAUAUCUAGUUGAGGACGAGCAUAGUGGGAGACAAUUCGCUUUGAAGAAAAUUCGAUGUCCUGGUGGUCGUGAAGACGUCAGACAAGCUAUGCGCGAAGUCGAUGCAUACAGGAGAUUCAAACAUCCCAAUAUCAUUCGCAUAUUGGAUUCAGCUGUUGUCCAAGAUCCCAAUGGAGACGGCCAAGUGGUUUAUCUCUUCUUGCCUCUAUAUAAGCGCGGCAACCUGCAAGAUGUCAUCAAUGCAAACACCAUCAACGGGACACACUUCUCAGAGCAAGAGAUGCUACGUCUCUUCAAGGGCACCUGCGAGGCCGUACGUGCCAUGCACGACCACCGUGCGCCCAUCAGCUCCAAAUCAGAGCCCUUUCCAGGUCGGGAGAACCAGUCCUCGUCCUCCGCCGCACGUCGUCCGAGCGGUUCCGGGCGGAACUCCCUCGACGAGGACGCGGAGAUGUUCCCACAUCCGGAGGGCGAUGGGGAUGGAGACGGCUAUUCGUACCAUGGGAAUGGGAACACGUCGUCAGUUCCACUCAUGACCAAGCACCGGCCUCUUGACGAGGGUGAGGCGAUCUUCGAUGGUGACGAGGAGCUUUCGCGGAUGCAGCAGAAUGGCGCGGGCCAGAACGCGCAGAGCAACGAGACCGAGCUCGUGCCGUACGCACACCGCGAUUUGAAGCCAGGGAACGUCAUGAUUGCGGACGACGGCACUCCAAUCCUGAUGGACUUUGGCAGCGCAAUGAAGGCGAGAGUCAAGAUUGAGAACCGCUCACAAGCACUACUCCAACAGGACAUCGCGGCGGAGCAGUGCACAAUGGCAUAUCGCGCUCCAGAACUGUUCGAUGUCAAGACAGGCGUUACGCUGGACGAGAAAGUGGAUAUCUGGUCCCUGGGCUGCACACUGUUCGCACUAGCCUACUCGCACUCGCCUUUCGAGAAUCUGCAAACAACCGAACAAGGCGGCUCAAUCGCGAUGGCGGUCAUGAACGCGCAGUACAAGCACCCAGACUCAGCCUACUCGCAGGGACUGAAGAACCUCAUCGACAGCAUGCUGAAGGUGAAUCCUGCCGAGAGACCGGAUAUACAUGAGGUCAUUAAGAUGACUGGGCAAGUCUUGCAGAGCCUGAGAUAGCACGGGGCUACGUUUUUAUGCGAACUACAGGAUUUAGGUUGAAUGUAUGGCUUGCUAGACAUCGAUCAGGUUUGAUUCAUGGCGGACCUGUGCUAAUGUACACUUGCCUUGGAGUAUGUUGUGGAAUCAUGCGGUCCGAGCGAUGAAGUGAGGCCUUCCAGCGGGGCGGUAUGUUCAUGCUGUGAUGUACAAUGUGUACAUGUGCGACCAUUCUCUGCUGAUCUG